CCCGCCAUGCGCCAUCUCCCGGCCGGGCCGCGCCGCCCUCGGGCCGCGGGUUCGAGUCCCGGCCCGGCCCCGGUGGCGCCGCCGGUACCGGAACCGGGCCCGGGCUGGGUCUGGGGGCUCCUCCCGCGGCCCCCGCGCCCGGCACGGCCGCUGCCGGUGCUGCUGGCGGUGCUGGCGGCCGCCGCCGUGAUCCUCGUGUGCUGGCCCGGCGGCGAGCGCGGAGGGAGCGGAGCGGCGGACCCCUCGGAGCGCGCCCUCCGGACCCUCCUGGCCCAGCUGGACCCCGCCCGGCUCUGGGGGUCCCUCCUGAGACCCCUCCUGCACGAGAGGGUCCCGGGGGGGCCCGGCAGCCGCGCCGCCCGACAGCACAUCCUGUCCCACCUGCGCUCCCUGCGCACCCGCUGGCACCUGGAGCUGGACACCUUUGCGGCGGCCACGCCCCGCGGGCAGGUGACCUUCAGCAGCGUGGUGGCCACGGCAGCACCCGUGGGUGCCCGGCGCCUGGCGCUGGCCUGCCACUACGACACCAAGGUGCUCUCACCUGGGCACGGAUCACCUGGGGACACACCUGGGCAUGGAUCACCUGGGCAUCGCUCACCUGGGCAUCGCUCACCUGAGCCCUUCGUGGGCGCCACCGACGCCGCCGUGCCCUGCGCGCUCCUGCUGGAGCUGGCGUCGGCCCUGGAUGCACACCUGAGUGCGAGGGCAGAGCAGGCCCCGCCCGUGACGCUGCAGUUGCUGUUCCUGGACGGGGAGGAGGCGUUCGGCACCUGGAGCGAGAGCGACUCCCUGUACGGGGCGCGGCACCUGGCGGCGACAAUGGCCCAAAAGGGACACCCGGCGGGGUCAGAGGUCACCGCCAUGAGCCUGCUGGUGCUGCUGGACCUGCUGGGCGCCCCCGGCCCCGCCAUCCACAGCCACUUCCCCCAGAGCCACCACUGGUUCCUGCGGCUGCACGGCAUCGAGCGCCGUCUCCGCCAUCUCGGGUUCCUGCAGUCGCCGCCGCCGCCAUUUUUCCGCCUUGGCCCCGCCCCCGGGCCGGUCGAGGACGAUCACGUGCCCUUCCUGCGCCGAGGGGUCCCGGUGCUCCACGUGAUCCCGACGCCGUUCCCGCGGGUCUGGCACACCCUCGGGGACACCGAGGACAAUCUGCACCCCCCGACCGUGCACGACCUGGCCAAGGUCCUGCUGCUCUUCGUGGCCGAGUUCCUGCAGCUCUGAGCCCAAAAAAACCCCAAAAUUCCGAAAAUUCGCCCCAAAAAACGCAAAAAGUCAAAAAACCGGAAAAAUCGCUAAAAAAACGCAAAAAAAAAAAAUCACAAAAAUCCCCCUGGACCUGGCCAAGGUCCUGCUGCUCUUCGUGGCUGAGUUCCUGCAGCUCUGACCCCAAAAAAACCCCAAAAAUCCGAAAAUUCGCCCCAAAAAACGCAAAAAGUCAAAAAACCGGAAAAAUCGCUAAAAAAAUGCAAAAAAAAAAUCACAAAAAUCCCCCUGGGCCUGGCCAAGGUCCUGCUGCUCUUCGUGGCCGAGUUCCUGCAGCUCUGACCCCAAAAAUACGAAAAUUCGCCCCAAAAAAUGCAAAAAUUUAAAAAAACUACAAAAAUCCAAAAAAUCGCAAAAAAACACCACAAAAAAACCACAAAAAACCCCCCAAAAAAUCACAAAAAUCCCCCUGGGCCUGGCCAAGGUCCUGCUGCUCUUUGUGGCUGAAUUCCUGCAGCUCUGACCCCAAAAAAAACCCAAAAGCCCGAAAAUCGGCCCCAAAAAAUGCAAAAAUUAAAAAAAAAAAUUACAAAAAUCCAAAAAAUCGCGGAAAAA